ACGACCCCGAUAAAGCCACUUUAAAGCUACCCAGUUCGAGAUCGAGCAAGAGAGAAGGAGAGAGAUGGUUCUUCUAGAGAAGCUGUGGGACGAUGUGGUCGCCGGACCUCAGCCGGAGCGCGGCCUAGGCCGGCUGCGCAAGCUCGCCACCAGCAAGCCUCUCCGCGUCGCAGAUGUUGGGGAAGGUGGCGAGAGCAGCGGUGGAGGGAAGUAUCAGAGGUCCGUGUCGAUGCCGACGACCCCGAGGACGCCGGCGACGCCCUCCACGCCGACGAGCCCCGCGUCGGCCCGCAAGGAGAACGUGUGGCGGAGCGUGUUCCACCCCGGGAGCAACCUCGCCACCAAGAGGAUCGGCGGCGAGUACUUCGACAAGCCUCGGCCGAACACCCCCACCGUCUAUGACUGGCUAUACAGUGGUGAGACUAGGAGCCAGCAUCGCUGAGGCGAGGGAGCAGGCGAGAUCGGGCUCAAGGCUGGGGCGGCUAGCCAGGCCGCCGGCCAUGUACAUAUAUGCAGUGUUCCUACUUUGCUCUGUUUUUUCAGCAGAGUAUAAAAGCUUUCCUAGUAUUUUGUAUGGGCUUGAUGAGCGAGACAAGAGAGAGUGCUAAGAGAGACUAGUGUUGCCGUGAAGGUAUCACGGCUUGUGAGAAGUAAUGACGCAAUGUGUUGAAUAUAUAU